GGAUACUUGAGGAGUUGCAACACAUCUCAAACCCAACAAACUGACACCGACUCAGACUAAACACCAAAGCAUGGAGGACUUGCAUCACGCAGAUUGACGGCUAUAUUAGUGCAUUAUUUGGACACUUGGACACACCCUUUAGGUCAUGCAAAAUCAGGCGGUGUUUCUUGGAUAACAGGUGGUUCUUCGAGGCCUUAGCGAGCGUUAUGCCGCACUUACGACCCCGGUGUCGAUAACGGCGAGUCAUCCGUCUACCACUUCCACUUUUGUCGCGUGAUGUUCUGAAAUCUGAUUACGGGAGUGACCGGCGCGCGCUCGCCUCUCCAUCCAAAUCUAUGAUCAGCUCGGUGUGUGUUUCGUCUUACCGCGGGCGCAAGUCGGGCAACAAACCUCCGUCCAAAUCAUGUCUGAAGGAAGAGAUGGCCAGGGCCGAAGACUCGGACAAGAUCAUCCUGAACGUGGGCGGCACGCGCCACGAGACCUACAAGAGCACGCUUAGGAGUAUCCCGGGCACGCGCCUCGCGUGGCUAGCCGAGACAGAAGCGCAGCUGGAAUCCACAUCGGACGCGGGACACACGUCGAGCAGCACCAACGAGUUCUUUUUUGACAGGCACCCGGGCAUCUUCGCCUACGUGCUCAACUACUACCGAACCGGGAAACUCCACUGCCCGGCGGAUGUGUGCGGCCCGCUGUUCGAGGAGGAACUCGCCUUCUGGGGCAUUGACGAGACAGAUGUGGAGCCGUGCUGCUGGAUGAAUUACCGGCAGCACCGCGACGCUGAGGAGGCGCUGGACAUCUUCGAGCCACCCGAUCCUGAGGACGCCGACGACGAUCGCGACGUGCCGCGACGCUUCGGAUUCGAGGACUGUCCCGAGCACUCCAGAGGAUGCUUCGAAGUUUGGCAGCCCAAAAUCUGGGCUCUUUUUGAAGACCCAUACUCGUCGCGCGCUGCCAGGAUCAUAGCCUUUGUCUCUCUCUUUUUCAUCUUGGUGUCGAUCACCAACUUCUGCCUUGAGACCCAUGAAGCCUUCAAUGAAAUCCGGAACCGUAGCGAAAUGAUUGCGAUUGGCAACACUACCAAGGUGGUAUUCACUCUGGAGGUGGUGACGAAUCCUGCGCUCACACUUGUGGAGGGCAUCUGUGUGGUGUGGUUUACUUUUGAAUUCCUGGUGCGCAUCAUCUGCUGUCCUGACAAGCAUCUCUUCAUCAAAAAUUUGCUGAACAUCAUUGACUUUGUGGCUAUUCUGCCCUUCUACUUGGAGAUGAGUCUGAGCGGACUCUCCUCCAAAGCGGCCACAGAUGUGCUCGGAUUCCUGAGAGUGGUGCGUUUUGUGCGGAUCCUGCGAAUCUUCAAGCUGACCCGUCAUUUUGUAGGGCUGCGAGUGCUUGGCCACACACUGCGUGCAAGUGUGAAUGAAUUCUGCCUUCUCAUCAUCUUUCUUGCUCUUGGCGUCCUCAUCUUUGCUACAAUGAUCUACUACGCAGAGCGAAUUGUUGGAGGCUCUCAUGAUCCGCACGCGAACAGCCACACGCAUUUCAAAAACAUUCCGAUCAGCUUCUGGUGGGCUGUGGUCACUAUGACCACGCUGGGUUAUGGGGACAUGUAUCCUCAGACCUGGCUGGGCAUGAUGGUUGGUGCUCUGUGUGCAAUAGCAGGCGUUCUAACCAUUGCCAUGCCAGUCCCUGUUAUUGUUAACAAUUUUGGAAUGUACUACUCCCUGGCAAUGGCGAAGCAGAAGUUGCCCAAGAAGAGGAAACGUCAUCACCGAAACCCAGAUGCAGUGCUGGACUCAGCCUCAUUUGGGAAAUCUGAGAGCAACUCACCCAGGAAUAGCACCCAAAGUGACACAUGCCCUCUUGCACCUGAGGAAAACAUAGGGAGGAACCGUUCAGGCUCAAAGCAGAAUGGUGAUGCUAAUGUCGUUUUAUCCGAGGAUGAGCCGCUGUCUCCCAGCGAGAGGUGGUCCCUCUGCCGUUCACACAAACGAGACAAGUGCAAGAAAGAAGGGACCGCUUUCCUCCUGACUUCUGGAGACUUUUCCUGCAGCACUGAUGCCACUAUUUGUACAGAGAGCUGCAAAGAUGCCAUUGCAACCACAACCGGCUACAGCCAGCCAGAAGUGACUACAAUGACGUGAAGUGACAUUAUUAGAUGAACAGAAGAGAUCCUAUCCAUCAGAGUUCCUAUCCAUCAAAGAUUCUAUCCAUCAGAGAUCAUAUCCAUCAGCGUUCCUAUUCAUCAGAGAUCCUAUCUAUCAGAGAUCCUGUUUAUCAGGGAUCUUGUUCAUCAGGGAUCUUAUCCAUUUGUGUGUGUUGGAUCUCAGCCUUUCAUCUAGCAGUCCCAGCCUUAUGCACACAAGUCCCCUUUCUGUGCAGAACAACAUACUUGUUGUCAUUUCAGCAUGUCUUUGCAUGACCUCACUCUGUAUGUCGUACCUUUACAAGUGUACUUAAUAUUUUGGGCUCCUCCAAUCUUGUCUGUACUGUAUGUUGUCUUAUCUGAAGUGACUUUGUCAACAACAUUGCGAAAAUCUUUACUUUCAUGCAAGCGAUGGGAACGUUUUGCAAUGGUCACAACGUUAGUGGGCAGCAGCAUUUUUUUAGGGUUGGGAUAACAUCAGUGUCCUAUUUCCAAAAAUAGCCUAGUACAAUUGAUAGUCUCAUAAGGUAGGCGUCAGGAGCCACGUCUGACAAAUAUGCCCUUAAAUCUUUAUAUUAAAAAGGGAAAUUGUUAGCCUUCUUGUAAAAUUUGGAAGUUGGAUUUGUUUUGACUAAAGAAAAACAUUUGGAACAUUUCUGUAUCUGAUUAGUAUCAUGUCAGAGAUUUGCUGUAGAAUUAGCAAAACAUAUAGAAAACAUCUAAUCCUUAUUUACUGUAUAUGUACUUUGUUCUGUUCUUGCUGUGCCUUCUGUAAUGUAAUGAAAAAAAACAAUCAUUCUGACACAUCAGCAGAAGUAUAUAAAGUAUAGUCUCUAAUAUAGGUGAAAGAAGUCUUUUAUUCUUUUUUAUUAUUAUUAGUCUGCCAUAGUUGCCUUAUGUUAAUGAACCAAACAAAAUGUUAGUUUUUAUUUCAACAUUCAAUCUCAUUCAAUGACAAAAAUACUGUUUGUAAAUAAAAGCACACGUGUAUGUAGCGCAGUAUGUUAUGCCAUUGUGUAUAUUAUAGAGUUAGCAUAACCAUGCCACAAAUGCUAUAUAUCAUAUUAUGGUAACUAUGUAUAAAACAUAAACAGAGAUUAUUUUUUCUAUGGUAUUUAUGUUUUUAGCCCCAGUCAUCUCUGUGUGUGUGUUUCAGGGGAAAUGGCUUCUCGUGUAGAAUUGUAUGGUACCAUGCAGCAACUCGUAAUGAACCUGUAUAAUGUGUGUCUUCGUGAUGCUGUUAACAUUUUUGUAAAAUGUAGGCAUGUUUCUAUGCACCUCUGUUGGAAUACAAUGAAAAUAAAAUAUCCCCUAAUCUACAAA